UUUUCUUGGGUCAUUUUGCUCAUCAAGAAAAACAUCUUAAUUUAAGAAUUUUAAGAUAUUUUUACUGAAAAAAAAGGCAAAAAUACUAAGACAUUUUUUUCUUGAAAAUAUUUUUUUUUGCAGUGAAGACACUCCAUGUUUCCAUCACCAUGAUUACAAGUGCAUUGUAAAGUAUUGCAUCAAAAACAAGUGAUGGAAACAACAGAUUUCGAAUAGAAGUACCUUAAUUUGCAAAAAAGUUUUUACGCUUUAGGUGGUUUUUAUUUAUGUGAAAAAGAGUAAAUGCGAAUAGUGGGAGAUGGAAAUGCAUUUGCCGAAUAAAUUCUGACGUAGCGAACAUUAAACCCAGGAGACUGAUCGUUUAGCUGUUUGGGCGGGUAAUGUGAUUGGUCAACGUCGUUCCAAGCUCUUGCUCCAUCAAAAAUUCUGCAUUUCUUUUUCUGUGUGCAGCAUUCAGUCUGGCAAUUACAAGCUGCACUGCUAGUAAAUUAAUGACUUGCUUCACCAUGACUACAUAUAGUCCUCUUUCCAAUUUCUAUGCAUGCCUUGUUUUGUUUACUGCCGGUUACUAAAUUACCAAAACCACUGUCAUUUGUUCGAACAACUUAAUUUGCAUUUACUUGUUUUUUGGCGAAUUUUAAAAAAAGAUUCGCUUCACAUUUGGAUGGAAACCCAGCUAAUGUUCCAUAUGACCUUUUUCUCUUUUAUUUGGUACAGGGAAAGCAAAACUCAAAAAUGGCUAAAAACCUGCUGAAAAAUCCAUAUGGAGAUCAUGAUUUUAGUAACUGGGAGUUGACGAAGAACGGUGGAGACAAAUGGGAAAUUCACAAGAUGACAGAAAAUGCAGUGGCUUCAUACUUCUGCACCUCAUUUCAGCCGUGUCUAAAAAAACAAGUGAUUAUUCUGCUGCAAAGCGGUUAUGAUGCUGCAUAUUUAGAUUCUGCGCCUGAAGUGACUGUGAAGGACUGGUACCGCACUAGAGAUGACUGUGGGGGCGUUUAUAGGCUUACUGUGUCACUGCUCAAUGAAAAUCGUGAGGUCAUUGCUACAUUUAAGCCGGCUGAUGUGACUGUGCCCCAGGGUACCCCUUGGACACAGGUGACACACACGUUUAAAGGUUAUGGUCCUGGUCUACGCUUCAUCUCUUUUGAACAUGGUGGUCAAGACAAUAAAAACUGGAAAGGCUGGUUUGGAGUGAGAGUCACUGGAAGUUCUGUCACCAUACCCCCAAAACCCUAAUAUGUGAUUCAAUAAUGUUACUGAUUGGUCAACACUUUGCUUUUAACCAUACUAUAACUACAAAUAAUAUUAAAGUAACAUUACAGAAUCUACACGGCUAAACCUUACUGAAAAAGCAAAGCCUUUGCUUACUUUUAAAGAUUUAAAUGCAUAUUCAUAAACUUAUCUCUGAAUGAAAAAUGAAAACGAGUGAAGGAUUAAUUGAAAUUAUUUU